AAGAAAAAAGGCACCAAGUUUAGCCAUAAAGAGAUAACACCAAUCCGGUUUCUUCCAUCACCGUCUUCUUUCUUUCUCCUGCAAACCCACAAACCUACAAAACCCACCUCUACAUUAUCAUCUUCGAACCGAAUUCACUAUUUUUCCCUUACUUAUUCACCAAAGACUCAAACUUUCCUUCAACAUUUUGUAACUUAAGAAAACUCACUGAAGAUUGAAACUUUCCUUCACUUUCCAACCAAAGACUCGAACUUUCUUUCAAAAUCUUCGCUUUCCGUCAAAAGCCACCGAAGUCUCAAACUUUCCUCCACAUUCCCGCCAAGAUUUUCCCAAGAAACAAACAAACAAACAAAGCCACCAAAAUGGACAAACCAUUGAAUGUUAACAGGUUGAGAACCCAUUUUUCACUCAUUAAAUUAAUAGCCUGGACCUGCAUUUUCCUUGGCCUAAUCCUCUUCUUCUCUUUACACUACCCUCACUCAAGUCCCAGUAACAGACUGAAGUAUUUAGAAGACUCUGAUUGGAAGUAUCAGAUUCUCAAUUCGGGUCGACCCAAAUCAAGAAAUGGGUUCCGGGUUUUGGUCACUGGAGCUGCUGGAUUUGUUGGAAUGCACGUGUCCACUGCACUUAGGCAGCGAGGAGAUGGCGUUGUUGGCCUUGAUAACUUCAAUGGCUACUAUGAAAAAUCAUUGAAGAGAGCAAGAGAGGAUUUGCUGAAAAGUAAAGAUGUUUUUAUCGUUGAAGGUGAUAUAAAUGAUGGUGUUUUAUUGACAAAGCUUUUUAAAUUAGUGAAAUUUACACAUGUAAUGCAUUUAGCAGCACAGGCUGGUGUAAGGUAUGCAAUGAAGAAUCCAGGGUCUUAUGUUCAUAGUAACAUUGGUGGUUUUGUUAGUUUACUUGAAGUUUGUAAAUUAAUGAAUCCACAGCCUGCCAUUGUGUGGGCAUCGUCUAGUUCUGUUUAUGGACUCAAUAAAAAAGUACCCUUUUCAGAGAUUGAUAGGACUGAUAAUCCUUCUAGUCUCUAUGCUGCUACUAAGAAGGCUGGUGAGGCUAUAGCACACACUUAUAAUCAUAUUCAUGGUUUAUCAAUCACGGGGCUGCGGUUUUUCACGGUUUAUGGUCCUUGGGGAAGACCGGAUAUGGCUUAUUUCUUUUUUACUAGGGACAUAUUGAAAGGGAAGCAGAUUUCAGUUUUUGAAGGGCUUAAUGGGUUUACUGUUUCGAGGGAUUUUACUUACAUUGAUGAUAUAGUGAAGGGCUGUUUAGGUGCAUUGGAUACUGCUACCAAGAGUACUGGAAGUGGUGGGGUUAAGAAAGGCCCCGCGCAAUUGCGGGUUUAUAAUCUUGGGAAUACCUCGCCGGUGCCAGUUAGUAAGCUUGUUAAUAUAUUGGAGAAGUUGUUGAAGGUUAAGGCUAAUAAGGUAGUGUCGCCAAUGCCUGCAAAUGGGGAUGUGCUGUUUACUCAUGCUAAUAUUAGUUUAGCAAGGAGGGAGCUUGGUUAUAAGCCCACUACUGACUUGCAAUCAGGAUUGAAGAAAUUUGUGGCGUGGUAUCUGGAUUACUAUAAACCAUCCGGGAAGAAGAGUUCUGUCUAAAUUGGUGGAUCUAUGUUGUGAUCAUUUGAAUCCAUAUUUGAUUCAAUUUAUGUGAUUUUACACGCUUUAUCAUUUGUUAAUUAUUCAUCGUUCAUUUAGCUACACGCUGCUGUGACACAAAGGGAUUGGUCAUUCUGUCCCCAUAUAGGAAUUUAAUGGUCUAUGUGCAUGCUAAGGGCCUCUAGAACUGUGAUGAGAAACCGGAAGCAUUGCCCUUUCUCUU